AUGGCUGUUCCCUUGGAUAGCGACGCUUCUUCAAUAAGCCCCCUGUCCGUGGAUCCCAUAGCUGUACCGAAUACCGCAGAAACAGAGAAACAGUCUGUCGAUGAGGACUCUACUCCUCUACCCCCUCCUCCACCCAACGGAGGUAUCUUCGCCUGGGUUCAGGUAGCCGGCUCUUUCUUCCUUUUUUUCAACUCCUGGGGCAUAAUCAAUACAUUCGGCGUGUACCAAAGCUACUAUGAAACCAGCCUGCUGAGAGACUACUCUCCAUCCUCCAUCGCCUGGAUCGGAACGGUUCAAAGUUUCCUCUUACUCUCAUUGGGAAUUAUCGUCGGUCCGAUCUUUGAUAGAGGUUAUAUCAAGUUCUUGAUAAUAGCAGGCACGUUCCUGAUUGUGUUCGGACUGAUGAUGACCUCGUUAUCAAAGGAGUACUACCAAUUCUUUCUAGCUCAUGGCGUCGCCGUCGGCCUCGGUUCUAGCCUUCUCUUCAUCCCUAGCGUUGCUAUACCCGUCACGUACUUCACCUCCCGACGAGCCGUGGCCAUGGGAAUUGCCGCAUCAGGGGGCAGCGUCGGCGCUGUAGUUUUCCCGAUCGUUUUUCACAAAUUAAUCGACCGCGUCGGGUUCGGUUGGACAACCCGUGUAAUUGCUUUUAUUGCCCUAGCCAGUCUCCUCUUCUCUAUAGCGGUGAUGAAAUCACGCCUUCCGCUUCCUACACAAGCUCGUCAGCUCCUUGAUCUCAUGGCCUUUCGUGAUAUUCCUUUCCUUAUCUACUGCCUCGCGCUCUUCUUCGACCUCGUGGGCCUCUAUUUCCCCUACUUCUAUCUCCCGACCUAUUUCACUACCUACCUCCAUGCAGGCGAUAACAUCUCCUUCUACGUCCUUUCCAUUCUUAGUGCUUCUUCUUUCUUCGGUCGUAUUGCGCCCAACAUGCUCGCUGAUCGUCUUGGAUCGCUGAAUGUCAUGAUUCUUGUGAGUCUUGUGGUCACUGUCCUCGCAUUCGCAUGGAUGGGCAUACACAGUAACGCUGGCGCCAUCGCCUUUGCUGUUAUCUAUGGCUUCGCGUCCGGAACGGUUGUCGCGCUGAUGCCUCCAGUUCUGGCGCUAUUGUGUCCGGAUAUGGCUGUUGUGGGGACGUGGAUGGGCAUGUCUUUCGUGUUCGCGGGGCUUGGCAUUCUCAUUGGAAAUCCUAUUGCCGGGGCGUUGUUGGAUCUGGAACAUGCUGUUUUCUGGAAGGGGCAGCUUUUUGCGGCGGUUAUGGUAGGAGCAGGGAUGGCAUGUUUCAUGGCGCUGAGGUUGUGGAAAUGGAAGGACGGGGCAGGCUGGAAGCUUUGA